UUAUUUUGUUGGAAUUCUUCCAUUCUAUUCUUCAUUCUCACUCACUGCACAAGGAAAGCCCCCUCCCUCUUUGAGUUGGUUUCCUCCACGCAAAGCCAAACCCACUCUGUGAUUUUUCUUUUAUAUUUCUUCGCCAUCAUCUCUUUCAACUCUUCUUUAACCCAUCAUCAUCUCAUCAUCAUCUCCACCAAACCCUCAAUUUCCAAAUCCGAUUCCCCAAUUUCUUCCGAUUCUUUUUUCUCUCUUCAACCGCCGAGAACUCUUUCCGUCUUCUUGAAUUUUCUUUUUCUUUUUCGUUAAAAAGAAAUUUCUCGGUUGCUUCUUGUGCGAGAAUCUUGCUUUGGACCAUCGUUAUAUAUGGGCUGAGGUGAACUUUUCAUGGGAGGUUUAGAGGAUGAAGAACCAGCCUCCAAACGCAUGAAGAUAUUGCCGGACAAAUUGAAGGGACUAUCGAACGGUUCAUCUGUGGUCGAGCCUUCAGGGGGCUCUUCAAGAGACUUGAUGGCUCGCCCCCUACAAUCCGAAGGGGACAAUGGUGAUGUUAUUGGUUCGAAGGGAGUGAUCAAAAGAGUAGAGUUUGUGAGGCUUAUAGCCAAUGCAUUGUAUUCUCUUGGUUAUACGAAAACUGGUGCUUAUCUAGAAGAGGAGUCCGGGAUACCGCUACAUUCUCCGGUCGUAAACGUGCUUAUGCAGCAAAUCCAUGAUGGAAAAUGGGAUGAAAGUGUUGAAACUUUGCAAAAAAUUGGUCUAUCAGAUGAAAGUGUCGUCAAAGCGGCAUCUGUUUUGGUAUUAGAACAGAAGUUCUUUGAGCUUCUGGAAGGGGACAAAGUCACUGAAGCUUUACAGACGCUGAGGACUGAGAUUACUCCAUAUCACGUUAAUGAACGCAGAAUUCGUGAGCUCUCGUCCUGCUUGGUUUCUCCGUCAAUGAGGGCUCGAAUUGACUCAUCCUGCCAACAAAGUGCAAAGGCCAAGGCUCGGUCACAAUUACUGGAGGAAUUGCAGAAACUUCUUCCUGCAUCUCUUAUGAUACCGGAAAAAAGAUUGGAACAUUUAGUUGAACGUGCCCUUUUGUUGCAACGAGAUGCUUGCGCUUUCCAUAACGCCUUAAAUAAGGAGAUGUCAUUAUAUAGAGAUCAUGAUUGUGGGAAAAAUCAGAUUCCUUCUCGAACUUUACAGGUGUUACAAGAUCAUAGCGAUGAGGUUUGGUUUUUGCAAUUUUCUCACAAUGGAAAAUACUUAGCUUCGUCUUCCAGUGACCGAUCUGCAAUUAUAUGGGAGGUAGGCUUGAAUGGAAGAAUUUCUCUGAAGCACAGACUGUUAGGUCACGAGCAGCCGAUCUCUCUGGUCUCAUGGAGUCCUGAUGACAGUCAGCUACUCACAUGUGGGGUGGAGGAAGCUGUCAGGCGUUGGGAUGUCGCUUCGGGUGCGUGCCUCCAUGUUUAUGAAAAAGCUGGUCUUGGACUGGUUUCUUGUGGGUGGUUUCCCGAUGGAAAGCAUAUACUUGCUGGCGUUACCGAUAAGAGUAUCUGCAUGUGGGACUUAGAUGGGAACGAGUUGGAAGGUUGGAAAGGCCAAAGAACUCUGAAGAUCUCUGAUCUAGAAAUAACCAAUGAUGGGAAGAAAAUUAUCAGUAUCUGUAGGGAUACUGCGAUAUUGCUACUCGACAGGGAGUUAAACGUCGAUAAGUUGAUCGAAGAGGAUCAAAUAAUAACAUCUUUUCAAUUGUCGAGGGAUAAUAAGUUCUUACUUGUAAACCUUUUGAACCAAGAAAUCCAUCUGUGGAAUCUAGAAGGCGAGGUUGAGAUUGUUACAGCAUACACAGGUCACAAGCGCACCCGCUUUGUUAUUCGGUCCUGUUUCGGAGGGCUCGACCAGGCUUUUAUUGCAAGUGGUAGUGAGGACUCACUGGUAUACAUAUGGCAGAGAGGAACAGGGGAGGUUGUAGGGGCAUUGGAAGGACACUCAGGGUCGGUAAACUGCGUGAGUUGGAAUCCUGCAAAUCCUCACAUGUUGGCAUCGGCCAGUGACGACCAUACGAUUAGAAUAUGGGGCCUAAGAGGGCUGGAUUUGGAUGUUGUCAACUCCAAAAGCAAUGAACAACACAGUAGUAGUAGUAAUGGUAAUGGUAAUGGUAAUGGCGUCCAUUGUAGCAAUAGAGGAACAUCCUGAAGAAAGAAUAAUACAAAUUCACACCCAUUUGUAUCCACUAUUUCUUUCCUUUUACUGAUGCCUCUGUUAUUCUGUAAAUACUUCCUCCUUCAGCUGCUUCUUCUUUCUUGACAUUCAAAGUUGCUAUUAAUAAAAUUCUCAGUCUCCAUUUAAUUCUC